AUGAUUGGGAAACGUUGGAACACAUGUGAGGAAUAUGGAAGUGAUGUUCGCUGGAGUAAUCCACCUCCACGUUGUGUGCGAGUUGUAUGUAUAAAGCCUCCAAACAUUCCUGGUGGAUCCCAUAACGGAACUGCACCUCCUUAUCCUUAUGGAAUAGUGAUCAAAUACAGCUGCAAGGAGACUUACUCACUCAUUGGAGAACCUAUUAUAUACUGUGAUGUUGAUAAGACUAAUAGACCACUGUGGAGCAGUAAACCCCCAAAAUGCCAAGUGAUUAUAUGUGCAGAUCCAGUAGUUCAAGAUGGAGUAAAGAAGAUAAGUGAGUUUAAAGAUUACUAUACCUUUGGCAGCAAUAUUACAUUUGAAUGUGAAAUUGGAUACUUCAUGAUCGGAAGUUAUAUCAUUCGAUGUGUGGCGAACAAUACUUGGAUCCCUAAAGCACCAUCCUGCAAAAAGAUUUCUCAAGAUAUUUGUGGUGCUCCAGGAAUUCUAAAAGGAAGUGUACAUCCACCACAACCUCAUUAUAAACUUGGAAGUAUCAUUUCUGUGCAGUGUGAUAAAAAGUAUUCUUUUCCUGAUGAAACCAUGGAGAUGAAAGCAGAAUGCAAAGGCUACAAUCAGUGGGAUCCCCCUAUACAACUUUGUUUCUUUAGAUCAUCCCCAGACAUUGCUAAACUCCAUAUCUCUAAUGGAAUAAUAAAACAUGGGGGAAAAGAAUACUAUUAUCCUGGGGAUGAAGUUAUUGUUCAGUGCUAUGGUGGCUAUUCUUUGAAAGGAUCAUCUAAGUUUAAAUACAUUGGUGGAAAAAAAUGGGUGCCUAACACUCCGCAUUGUUAUCUGAGUAUUUUCCUGAGAGUAAUUAUAGCUGGAUGCCUGUUACCUGUAUUGAUUGUUGGAACCAAAAUGGUUUAUCAGAAGUUUUACUUGCAAAGGGCAGGAACAGAGAGGAGAGAGACGCAGCAGAGCACAACAGCUACCAAAGAACUUAGUUUGCUGCCAACGAGUAAAGUAGCAGUGGCCAGUCUUAACCAACUCGGCAAUGACCUUUCCAGUGAAACAUCCAAGAACUUAGCAGUACAAGGAAAACUGGGACAUCCCCGCAGCUUCAGGAGCAAAUCAUUGUACUAG